UGCGUGGAAGGGGUGGGAAGAAAGAGAGAGCACCUGAAGUUAAAGGCAGGGAAACAUACUUCUCCUCCUUUUUCUUUCAAUGAAAGGCAAAACAAAACGCGUGACAUGCACAGAAGCACCAGGAUGAGAUCUGGCUGGAUUAAAGGGUCAUUUCUGGCUUUUGCCGUGGCCUUGGCGCUGUUAUACCUCGGCUCCAUUAAGAAGGAGGUUCAUAUCCAUUCGGAGAGACUCCAGAGGGCCCAUCACAAUGACUCUAUCAGGGGUCAGGGAAUGAUCAAGAGGAUGAACAAGAUGGAAGCAGACAUCGGCAGACUACUCAAUGUGAUGAGUAAACUUGAAAAAAAGGACGCGGUUAAAGAGAACGACGCAGAGGUGAAGAAGGAGAGGAAGGUGGUGAGGAAGCUGUUCCCCAACUCGUAUCUGUUCACCAAGUGGGGUGACGAGCUGUCAGAGGAGGAGCAGAAGGAGGCUGAGAGAUUGUUCCAGAGAUACGGCUACAACGCCUUCCUCAGUGACAGGCUGCCCCUCAACAGAGAGAUUCCAGACACCAGGCCCCGCAGGUGUGCUGAGAAAAAGUACCCUGAGGACCUGCCCUCCAUCAGUGUCAUCUUAAUCUACCUGGAUGAAGCUCUGUCUGUGAUCAAGAGGGCCAUCCGCAGCAUCAUAGACAAGACACCAGCUCGGCUACUGAAAGAAAUCAUACUGGUGGAUGACCACAGCAGUAAUGAGGAUUUAACGGACAAACUGGAUGAAUACAUCAACUCCAUCCAUGAGGAGCGUUCAGGCCUGGUGAAGAAAGUCAGGCACUCUGAGCAACUCGGCCUCACCCAGGCCAGACUGUCGGGAUGGAGGGCUGCUGUGGGGGACGUGGUGGCCAUCUUGGACGCUCACAUAGAAGUCCACGUACAAUGGGCAGAGCCGCUGUUAGCUCGGAUUAAGGAGGAUCGCACCGUGAUAUUGACACCAGUAUUUGACAAAGUCGGUUUUGAUGACUUGACAUUGACACCCUACAUACCUGCUGCAGAUGCCUUCGACUGGGCUCUGUGGUGCAUGUACGAGUCCUUCAGACCUGAGUGGUACGCGUUAAAGGACGACUCCAAACCUGGAAAGAGCCCCUCCAUCAUGGGGAUUCUUGUCGCUGAUCGCAAGUUCUUUGGAGAAAUCGGAAGCCUUGAUGGCGGAAUGAAAAUUUACGGUGGUGAAAAUGUGGAGCUCGGCAUCCGGGUGUGGCUGUGUGGAGGAAGCAUAGAAGUUAUACCUUGCUCGAAAAUUGCCCACAUUGAACGGGCCAGAAAGCCUUACCUCCCAGAUUUGAGUGAAAUGGUGAAGCGUAAUGCACUGAGGGUGGCGGAGGUGUGGCUGGAUGAAUAUAAAUACAAUGUCAACAUUGCUUGGAAUGUUCCCAUAGAGAAUCAUGGGAUAGACAUUGGGGAUGUGUCAGAGAGGAAGAAGCUGAGAGAGAGGCUGAACUGUAAACCCUUUAAGUGGUAUCUGGAUAAUGUUUACCCCAUGCUGGACCCUCUGCAAAACCUGCAAGGUUAUGGAGCGCUGAUUAAUGAUCUGAAGCCAGACCUCUGCAUUGACCAAGGCCCACAGCCUGGAAACACACCCAUUAUAUAUGGAUGCCACACCUUCUCACCUCAGCACUGUUUUUAUCGCACUGACGGACAACUCUACAUCGGCGGAAUCAAAUCUCACAAGUACAACAGCAACCGCUGCUUGGUGGAUUCCGGCACUAUCUACCCUGGACUGUACGAGUGCAAAGCGGCCCGGCAGAAGAAGUUCCACAUGCUGUGGGAUUUUAAACAGGACGGACCAAUCCAGAACAGAGAAACAAAGAGGUGCUUGGAAAUUGCGCAGGGUGAAGACAGCUAUUACAAACUGGUUGUUGGGCAGUGUAGUGGUCAGAGCUGGAAGAUACAACAUCUCAUCAAAGACCACUAACAGAUUGGUGGGCAAGUCCCAGAAGGCAACAUAAUUAAUGAGCCAUUGUUGCACAAAAACUGCACCUCUGAGAAAGAUCUGGAACAACUGUGUGUCUCUGGAGUUUACAUUUUGCACCAGAUGACUUGGAUCCACAAGAAUCGGACUGUACACGAGCAAAGUUGUGAAAUUUUUUUAUUUAAUUACUGUUUUUGCCUCUUAUUGUUUUGACAAAUUUUACUUGAUGACUUACUUGUGUGACACAAAAUAUGAACUACACCUGAGUAAUGAUUUUUUUUAGGUUGGUUUUGAAUAGAAAAUGUCCUCAUGAACAUUUACUAGUGCAGUUUUUCUGUGUGAAAAUCCUUUUUAUGACGACAACAGAUCGGUUGUGGACAGCUUUGAAUACAAUAUCAAUAAUGAUACAGUAGCUACAUUUAAGUUGAACUGUUU